UACUACACUUCUAUAGGACUUGCAUCUAGACCUGUAGUGUUACGUGUAUACUCAACAUAUUUAGACUCUAGGUCUGUGUCGAAGACUCGACAUAGUCAGAGAAGUUCACUCAACUAAAAUGUCUCCCCAAGACAAAUCAUUUGAGAGACUACCAAAAGAUGUUAUACCAUCAUUGUAUCAUGUCACACUUCAACCAGACUUGACAGCAUUCACUUUUAAAGGUUGGGAGAAAGUCACUCUUGAAGUCAAACAAACUACAAGGAGAAUCACUAUGAAUGCCUUUGAUCUCAGCGUGACCAAAGCUUAUCUUGUCGUUGACGGCAAACUGAAAGCUCCUUCAGAAAUAAUCGAAAAUGAAGAGGAUGAAUUGUUAGAGUUGUCCUUCCCUGAAGACAUUUCUCCAGGCCAGUUUGAACUAAAUUUAGAAUUCAGCGGCCACCUCAAUGAUCAGCUCAGAGGAUUCUACAGAAACAAAUACUUGUCUGAAAAUGGAGAAGUGUUGUAUGCAGCAGGCACACACUUUGAGGCCACCGGAGCCAGGCGAGCCUACCCUUGUUGGGAUGAGCCUGCCAUAAAAGCUAGGUUUAUAUUUACCUUGAUUGUACCUAAAGACAAAGUGGUUUUAUCCAACAUGCCAGCUGAGAGAGAAGAAAUAUCCCAAGAGAGCUCGGAUUUGAAAGUUGUAACAUUUCAGCCUACGCCAAUCAUGUCAACAUAUCUCACUGCUUUUGUCGUGGGGGAUUAUGACUUUGUGGAAGCUCAGACCUCCAAUGGCAUCCCUGUCAGAGUGUUUACUCCUCCUGGCUACAAGGAGCAUGGUCUCUUUGCGUUGGAGGUGGCGACCAAAUCUUUAUCCUACUACGAGCAGUACUUUGAUAUUCCUUAUGGGCUCCCAAAACUUGAUCUGAUUACUUUAUCAGAAUUCCCUAUAGGUGCUAUGGAGAACUGGGGUUUGGUCAUAUUCCGAGAGACUGCACUUCUCUUGGAUCCUGCCAACCCAUCAGCGUUCAGGAAGCAAAUUGUGGCCAUCAUUGUUACUCAUGAAUUGUCUCACAAUUGGUUUGGAAAUCUGGUCACCAUGGAAUGGUGGACUGACUUAUGGCUAAAAGAAGGCUUUGCUACUUGGAUAUCGUACCAGUGCACAGAUGCACUGUACCCAGAAUUUAACAUCUGGAAGCAGUUCAUCAAAACUGACCAAACGCGGGCAUUGGAACUGGAUGCUCUGACCAACAGUCACCCUAUUGAAGUUCCAGUUCAACAUCCUGGUGAGAUUGAUGAAAUCUUCGAUGAGAUAUCUUACUUCAAAGGAGCUUGUUUGAUUAGAAUGUUAAAGAGUUACUUAGGAGAUGAGGCAUUUCGAAAAGGGAUGAAGUUGUAUCUAAAGCGCCAUCAGUUUAGUAACACCACCAAUAAGGACAUGUGGGCAGCUAUGUCAGAGGCCAGUGGGUCAAAUAUUGAGGCCAUGAUGAACACUUGGAGCAAGCAGAAAGGUUUUCCUUUAAUUAAGGUUUCUGAAUUAAUUGACAUCACAUCUAAUAAAAGACAAGUUUGUCUCACACAGCAGAAAUUUGUAGCCCAGUCUUUAACUUCAGAGACCAAGGGCUCUAAUCCCAUCACUGAGCAGUGGUUAGUUCCCUUCUCUAUCACAUCAAGCAGCAGUCCAAGUGUUCCUGUAGUGAGCGGCCUGUUACAAGGUGGCAGUGUUACUUUGGAGCUUCCAAACUGCAAGCCAGAAGACUGGAUCCAUGCCAACCCUGGUCAGUACAUGUUUUAUCAUGUCCUGUAUCAGCCUGACUCUUUGCAAAGACUCUCACUUGGUGUGAAGCAGAAUAGUCUCUCCCCUGAAGACAAGUUGGGAUUACUUAUAGAUAGUUUUGCUCUGUGUCAAUCUAACUAUGUGAAUGUCGUGGAUGUAUUGAGAUUAUGUGAAUGUUUCCUUGAUGAAACAGACUUUUCAGUUUGUGGUAAGCUGGUCAGUGGACUUGGCGCCCUACGGCCUUUUGUUCAGCACCUCACUCAGGGUAAUGACCAGCAGUUUGAUGUUUUUCUAUGCAAGUCUUUGCAGAAGAUGAAGAGCUCACUAGGAUGGGAGGCAGCUAAAGAUGAAAGUCAUGCUACCAAGUUGAUCAGAGAACAGAUCCUGACAGUGCUAGGUUCAUCUGGUGAUCCGAAUGUUGUUCAAGAAGCUUCUAGAAGAUUCAGUGACUACUGUAGCAAGCAAGCAACAUUAUCUGCUGAUAUAAAAACUCCAGUAUUUGUCACAGUAUUAUCCAAUGGCGACAAGGAAGUGUACGACGAACUUCUAGAGAUUUAUGAUAACGAAGACAUGCUGGAAGAGAAAAACAGAAUCUCCAGAAUUCUGGGAUUGACACCCAAUGAAUCUUUGAUUCAACAAACUCUCAACUUUGCUCUGUCUGACAAAGUCAGGAAUCAGGACACUGUAGCCACACUGGCGGGGGCAACAUGGACACUUCAGGGCAGACAACUUGUCUGGAAAUUUGUGCAAGAAAACUGGCAGGAGUUAUACAGGCGCUACAGUACAAGUACAAUGAUGAGCCGAUUGAUAAAAGUCAUCACUGAUGGCGUCUGCUGUGCAGAAACAGCUAAGCAAAUGGAGAAUUUCUUCAAAGCUCACCAAGUGAAGAAUGCUCAGAGAGCCAUCCAGCAGGGGCUUGAACAAAUAGCCACCAAUGUAGCUUUCAUCCAUCGUCAAGGAGCUGCUUUGAUGAGCUUCCUCAACGACCAAUAAGUCUUUUUGCCCACACAACUCUAUUACAUUUUAGAUUAUUUUGUUCAAACUAGUUAUAGACUGGGGGGCUCGCAAGGCAUUCAUAAACAUAUUGCUCCUAGUGGACGUCGAAAUAUCUAUCACCCAUGUGGUGUAAAGAUAGAAUAACAAAUUUAAUUUAUAUUGGGGAUUUUCAUAUGUGGCAGCAAGCAAGAGUCUUGGUGUAUCUGGUGUACAAAGUAAAGGAAGUGUUAAAAUGUUUUAAAAAGUUUCAUGUAAAAUACCCAGCACCACAGACAUAUAGUAUACCUAGACUGGAGAUGGAGAUCAGGAUGGCUGCCUGGUCGUGCGGUUUGCAUGCUGGACUGUCGUUCAGAUUUAUCGAUGGUCCCGGGUUCAAACCCUGCCCGCUCCCAUCCCCCCGUCGUCCUGCGGGAGGUUUGGACUAGGAAGUAAUUAUCUUCAACUCUGAAGGAACAUCCGAAACAUGUAAAACAUUUUACAAACAUCUCUAACACUACACGAAAAUGUUGUGAAAAACUUCAAAAAAGCGGAAACUAGGCGUUGUUUUGUAAAGUAGUUGUAAGAACAACAUUUUUACUUUCAGCCCUAACCUAUGUAACAUAACAUGUAAUUGUUUAGAUCUAGAUCUAGUAAUUGAACAUCGAAAAUAAGAGCACUCUCGUCUCAUAUCAAUUAUUUUGCAAUUUUUAGAUAAAUAAUCUAGAAAUAUCUUGGUAAUUAUUCUAUUUAAACGUACAUAAGAUGAUUAAAAUCAACAGACUUGAAUUAUUUCAAUCUAGACUUCAAUUAUUUCAAUCUAGACUUGAAUUAUUUCAAUCUAGGAUUUUUGAAACAUUAUCUCAAUGAAAACUAGCCGGAAAUGGAUUUUAUUUAAUAGAUUUGCAUAAAUGUUUAGUUCAGUGAUUAAUAGCCCAUUCUAUUUAAAAUCCUACAAAAUGAUUUUGCAUUAUUUCUAAAAUUUGAAAAGUUAAGAUCAUUACUAAGACAGAAAAGAUCGAUUUUCCUAGGUUUGGGGUGACUUCCCUUACAGCUCAAAAAAAGAAUUACAUACAUAACAAUCUAAAUAUAUAUAGGUCAUUAUCAGACAAGAAUUUGUUUUAGUUGUCCAGUCUAGGUAUGAUAUAUUUAUAUAGGUCUGUGCUAGAGUCUGCAAAAUUAACAUUCUUUUAAAAUCUGUUUUUUUUUUUAGUUUGUUGGAAAUUUUGAAGUUGGAUUUAGCGUCCUUGACUUUGUUUAGUUUAUCGUGAAACUCUCCAAUAGUGACAUUCAGUGAGCUGAUUUAUUUCAGCACCGAUAUGUGAUAGUUUUCUACAAACCAAACAUGUUCAUCGUUUAUACUUUCCUCUUGUACAGUCUAGAUUUCCUAUCAGUAGGAAAGAUGGUUAAAUCUACUUUCAAACAUGUAUAUCAGAUUGAGUGAUUUUGUGAAUCAAAUGAAUUGAUUGAUUUUGUGAAUCAAAUGAAUUGAUUGAUUUUGUGAAUCAAAUGAAUUGAUUGAUUUUGUGAAUCAAAUGAAUUGAUUGAUUUUAUGAAUCAAAUGAAUUGAUUGAUUUUGUGAAUCAAAUGAAUUGAUUGAUUUGUGAAUCAAAUGAAUUGAUAGAUUUUUUUAAUCAAUGGAGUCGAUUUUGUAUGUGAAUCAUAUUGAUUGGUUUGAUUGGUUUGAGAGUCAUAUUUGUAUACAUCUUUUUUUAUUGUAGAUGGAACAUUUUCAGUAUCUAUUAGCUAAGAAAGAGAUGUGUCCAACUGUCAGGAGAACUUUAAAUUUUGGUAUUUUCAAGAUUUAUAGUUCAAAUGCUUGUCCAUCUUUUGAUUCUGAUAAUAUUCACAACCAGCCAUUUAGCUUUAUGUCUAAACAAUUAUACAGAGUUUUUUUUUGUCUGAUUUAUGCUCCUCUAUUGGACACUGCUGUACUUCGACAUUUAUUUAAACUUUAAACUGUGCCUUGGUUAGAAGAGUUACUGGUGAACAUUUGCUAUUACUUACAAAAGUUGCCUAUUAAUAAUUCUAGGGAAUGUGCUAUUGAAUGUGUUACUUAUUUAAGUUAUUUUAAAGUUAUCACAAUAAUGUAUGUCAUACAGUGGUUCAUUUAUUUUCUUUUGGUUUACAUCAUAUUUAAUAUACAGUCUUUUUUUAAUC